UGCGCGAGGGGAUGGAAGCGGCUGUUCCUGGGCUGGGGAAGCCAAGCCAAGCGGCGCUGGAAGGGGCGGGGGAGGGGGCGGCGGCCCGAGGCGCUUCUGCUGGGGCUGCAGUCGCCGCUGCCGCCCGGCUCCGAAGCCAGCCGGACGCGGAGCCCGCCACCGCUUCCCUCCUCUGCCCCCGCUCGCCGGCUGCACCAUGAACAGAAGCAGCGGCGCCACGUCGUGCCCUCCGACGGUGCCCGGCGACGGCCACAGCAGCGGGCACGGGCGCAGCAGCGAGUGCCGCCGGGUCUGUAGCAACUGCCGGAAAGUCCUGAGGCAGGAAAAGAAAAUCAGAGUGUCUCUCCCUUUAACAAGAGGACCAAGUGCCUUUGUACCAGAGAAGGAAGUUAUGCAAGCCAAUAGUUUGAAUGAACGUAUGCAUCUGCUUGUGGAAGAAUAUUCUACAUCUGGUCGCCUAGACAACAUCACUCAGGUCAUGAGUUUACACAUUCAGUACCUGGAGUCUUUUCUCCGCAGUCAAUUUUAUAUGUUGCGCGUGGACGGUCCUCUUCCUUUGCCCUACCGGCACUACAUAGCAAUCAUGGCUGCUGCCAGGCACCAGUGUUCCUAUCUAAUAAAUAUACAUGUGGAAGAGUUCCUGAAGACUGGAGGGAUACCAGGAUGGCUGAAUGGCUUAGAAUACAUUCCUCAAAGGCUGAAAAAUCUGAACGAAAUCAACAAACUGCUUGCACACCGACCUUGGCUGGUUUCCAAAGAGCACAUUCAGAAACUUGUGAAGACAGGGGAGAACAAUUGGUCUUUUCCUGAACUAGUGCAUGCCGUGGUCCUUUUGGCACAUUAUCACUCCCUGGCAAGUUUUGUUUUUGGCAGUGGCAUCAAUCCAGAGAGAGAUUUUGGGACCUCAAACGGCUACCGACUCAUAUCAGUUAACAACUUCUGUGUCUGUGACCUUGCCAAUGACAACAACAUUGAAAACGCAUCCCUCAAAAGUAACAGCUUUGGGCUCUCCAAUUCAUUAAGCGAGCUGGAAGCCUUGAUGGACAGAAUGAAGAGAUUGCAGGAGGACGACGAGGCUUCCCCAGAAGAAAUGGAUACACGCUUUGAGAAAGAAAAAUCAGAGAGCCUACUAGUUGUUACUGAAGCUUUUGAUGACGAAUUAGCUUCCACGGCUGAUGUUUCCUGCUAUGUUGAAGACCCUGGGUUUGGUUACAAAGAUUUUGCAAGACGGGGGGAAGAUCAUCUUCCGACAUUUCGAGCCCAGGACUAUACUUGGGAAAAUCAUGGAUUCUCCCUUGUGAACAGACUGUAUUCUGAUAUUGGGCACCUCCUGGAUGAGAAAUUUCGGAUGGUCUACAACCUCACCUACAACACCAUGGCCAGCCACGAAGAUGUUGACACCACAAUGUUAAGAAGAGCUUUAUUUAAUUACGUUCACUGUAUGUUUGGCAUCAGAUAUGAUGACUAUGAUUAUGGGGAAGUUAAUCAACUACUUGAACGGAACCUGAAGAUUUACAUUAAGACAGUGGCCUGCUACCCAGAGAGAACUACCAAGCGCAUGUACGACAGCUACUGGCGCCAGUUCAAGCACUCAGAAAAGGUCCACGUGAAUCUUCUUCUGAUGGAGGCUCGCAUGCAGGCUGAACUGCUCUACGCCUUUCGUGCCAUCACCCGUCACUUGACCUGAUGGGCCCAGUGCAGUCGUAUGAGCGAAGCUUCCAAAUAAGACGAGCAGUAAACUGCUGCCCUAUUGGGUGGCAUCAGGCCUAUUGGAUUCCGAGGUUGGAAAGCUGAAGCUGUAUACUGUAUCUGGCAGCUGUUACCGUGCAAUCAUCCCUCGCUUUUUUCUCUGUCUAUCUAUUUCUUGAUGCUUAAUUUUACUAGCGAUAGCAAACAUAACACUGUGGAAUGCUUCUCCUGAAGUGGCUCCCCAUCAAAGUAUUGCUCACAAACCCUAACCCGGUUUGCUAUCUCUGGUUCUUUGCUGUGUUCCCCCCCCCCCCUUGAGCUCAGAAUUUAAAGGCUAUCUUUUGAGGUUCCGAUUAUCGCAUUCGGUCUCUCCUGUAGACAGUAUCGUGCACGGGAUUGUCUGUCUCUUCUCUUUCUUUCCUUUAGCUCUUUCUGGAAUAUUAACAUGCCAUUUUCCUUAAUGCAGUGUAUGCUAUGUUUUAAGCUGAAUUGCUCAGUUAGCUUGUUCUUACAUAACUCCAAGAAAUGUAAUUCUUCAGCAGUAGUUUGGAGGUCAUGUGGAAUGAAUGCAACUAUUGUGUCUGGCUUUUUUUUUUUUUUAAUGAAAAAUGUGAAAGCAACUGCUGCAAACCCCGCGGCGUGCUACUGACACACAGCAUUGGAAAAACUGUUUCCUGAAUGCAGUGGUUCUCCCCCUAUCCAUUUCAACUGUACAGGUUCAGGGAUUGCCUUAUCCUCUUUGGCCUAUGAAUGUGUCACUUUCUGCCUCUCCCAGUGCACAGAGGUUCUUGGCAACCCAAGUCAGCAACUCAGUUUUAACUUGGCAUAUGGGGGUUUUAUUUUAUUUUUACCAAGUCACAUCGUAUAACUUUUAACACGGAUCAGGCAGCCGUGCGCUGUGUGCAAGUUCAACACACAUUGCCUGAUCCAAAGGGGGGGAGGGAAAUCUGUGCAAAUAGAUUGGUAGCUUUAGGAAAAUUUGGGUUUGUGCUAACUCGUAUCACCGGGGAAUGGUGACCUGUCCUAUUUUUGCUCUUCAGCUUCUCCAACCUUGUGCAUCGAAGCAAGGAUUCUCUUGCUGAUCUGUAGCUGCUUCUCUGAAGGUUUUAUAUUGGGUGAUAUCAUUGUUCCACCUUGCCCAUUAUUAUGAGUUCUGGCUGGCAGUUGUUCUCAGGCAAGCCUCCUUAAUUCCCUUGUAACUUGAGAUCCUUUUGCUUGAGAUGCCACUGACCCCCUUCCACAAGCAGAGAAAGUGCUUUCCCGUGAAGUUACAUCUUCUUCCAUUGCUGUUUCUUUUUUUAAAAAAAAUAUAUAGAAUAGUAAUUACAGUGGUGUUAAUUCAGUCUUUAAGAAAUUUGAUUCCUCUUGUGUUCCCCUGAGUGAUAGUAUCAGAGCAGGUUUUAUAUAUAUAUAUAUAUAUAUAAUCUAUAUUUUAAAGCUAUGAAUCAUGUUUCUGUGUGUUGUCAUGAGUGAACAAAGGAAGUGCAAUAUUUGAGCAAAAAGACAAGUUUUUUUCCCCUCACAAAUUUCUUGCUGAAAAGUCCUGUUCAGAAUGGCUGGGGAACAGCUGUUUGUUCUUUCCCAAACAUUGUUCCGAACCUCGGCUUGCUUGCCUUGAGCAAUCAGCUACUCCCACAUUGCCAAAGCAUCUAUUAAACAAAAUUGGGGUGGAGCACAGAUCCCUAUACGUUUCCGCGAAGCCUCAAUUCCUUCCAAACGGAGAUGCCAGGUUGAGUUUCCCAAGAAAUGACUGGCAAAUGUGCCACAGUCACUUUGAAUAGGUGGUAACCAUUGAUGGCUGGCCUUUUUGAGGAAAAUAUGUGAAUUGCCAAAAAAAACCCACAAAAAAGAUCCCUUCUCCGUGGUGCUUGAGCACACUCUUGCAGUUUUAGAGCACAAGAUCUCAGUGUUUUUAAUAGCUUUAAGUGUGUUAUGUUGCAUUUCAGCAAAGUGCCUGAAUUCUGAACACUGACCCACUGAAACAGUGACUUUUCAGUGAUGGGCUUAUUCCAGGGAACACGAGUCAUAACUAAGUCCCAUUGAAAUCUAAGCUGCUUUGGCCCAGUUGUGACUGUCUUGUCAGAAUUGACAGCUUGCCCACUGCCUUUGAGUGGAUUUAAUCUACCAAUAAAUCUAAGCACUGACCAACAUUUUGGCAACAAGAGCUGGACCUGUUUUGAUGUAGACUCUUCCCUCACCCACCCACCUACCUACCUACCCCUUUCCUGGCUUAAAACUGACUCCAGUUUGUUUUUCUGUGCUUUGGAAAUGAACGAAAUGGGUUUUCUAAAUGAGCUGUAGAAAACAAAAUAGAAUCAUUCAAAAACAAAAAGUGAAGGAUUUUCACAAUGGCUUGUUUUAUAAGAGUGAUUUUGAAAGUCUUUCCGUAAAAGAGAGCAGACCAAGGGUAUUUUGUUGAGCUUUUCAAAACUUACUGACCAUCCUUUGUGACAGGAUGUCGUUCUCCCACCCCUCUCCCUCCAUUCAGAGGUUGAAAUGAUUGUGUUCGCUUCCCUGCACAGAGUUUUCCUCUGUAUGUUGAACUGUAAGCUAUUUUUGAUAUCCGCAUUCUCUGAGGAUACAUAUACUAUACACUACAGAUUUCUAUCAGCUGCAUCAGUUGCACAGUUGUAGCUUCUCUUCAAGAAAUCUAGAAAUUAAAUUGUAAAAAACAAUUUUUUAGAAAAAAAAUAGUAUUCCCCUUCCACCCAAAAGAUUAUCUCCCUCCUGCUGUUAUACUUUCUGCAGUUCCGCCUCACGGGGAGACAUUCAGUUGAAUGGAGACAGCUGUUAAAGAAUGGGGACUGGUGCAGGCACUAACCACACAUCAACCUAAUCUAAGUUAGCUACUGCUUGACAAACUUCCAGUCCUCCUUCCUUGCAGGUGCAGAUAGCACGGGAAUUCCACAGGCAAAGGGAGAGGUCUGCCAAUUGUUUUGCUGUGGCAGAACGUGGGCACCUGUUCUUCGCUCAGCAUUGGAUUGCUGUGUCCAGAAUCACCUGUGCAAGAAUUGACUACCCUUAGGAGGGUCAGUAGCAGUUUUAGCUUUGAGUGGACUCUGGCUUUGAACUAGAGUCAUGAUGAAGGUGGAGAAAAAGCUGGUGAAGACUGGUCUUCCAUCACAGAGUGACAGACCAACUACUGGAGAGAAAUGUCUUUCCUUAUAUCUGUCUCUCUCUUUGCUCUGUGUCCUCAAUCGCAUUCUCUCCUCUUUGUCACUAGAUAAGAAGGGACCUCAAGAGGAACAGCAAGUGAUGGAAGUUCAACCUUCCAUCAUUUGCCAUUCCUCCUGAGAUCCCUUCAAGCGGGUACUACUGUCCUACUGUUCUGUAGAUAAUCUGGUUUGUCUUAACAGGGAUAGUUACAAACGUGAUCCAGUUCGUGAUUUAUAUUGUAAGAGCUUUAUUUUUUUUCUUUCAGAGAGAGAUUGCGUUUUUUUUUACCUUUUUAAAAGAAACGAGUGUUCUAAAUUCAGAAGCAGUAAUGUCUUUUUCUUCUAAACGUUUCCUUUUAUUAUAACAAAAGAUUCACCUCACCAAGAGACAGUCUUCACAUUUCUAAGACCUUGUUUAGUUUUUCUUUUCUUUCUUAGUGAAGAAUCUCAGUUCUGAAUUCAUUAGUGGAAACAAAAUUUCACUUAGUACCUGAUCUUCUUUUGGCAUUGAAGGUUGGACUCUACUCUUUGAGAAUUAGGAAUUUUCCUUAGAAAUAGAAUGGCAAGUCUGAAUGGCACAAAGAAUUUCCAAGUAUGAUCUGGUGAGAUUCAGCAGAGCAGUUAGAUUUAUCUACUUAAAUAAGUUGGCAUUGUGACAUUUUUACAUUGUGAAUAUUCAGAAUAAACAUCCAUUUUUACUUUGCUUUUUAUCUGAUGUAUUGCUUAACUUCAUAAAUGUGCCAAAUUGUUAAGUGUGCAAGAAGAGAAGGGAGGAGAACAGCAAAUGAGAAAGAAUCAACUUUUAACAAUUAAAAUCUAUCACAAUUGUUUGUUGCAUAGAUGUAGUUUUCUGUUUUUUGUCUGCUGCUGUGGUUGUAGUCAUCAGCAGCUGGCAGCCCAUGGAUCAAAUUCUGUUCUGUUAUCAGCCAAGGGGCAAACAAGACCUGCAAGUCAGAGUGUCAGCAGUAACAUCACUCUAGAGAGGAGGGUUGGGGAACCUGGGGCCCUUCAGAUGUUGCCAGACUACAGUUCCCAGUAUUAUGCAUGACUGGCUACGUAGUUGGAGCUAGAAGUAACAUCUGAACAACAUCUGGAGAUUGAUGUUUCCUUCCAUUGUGGUAGAGUUAAGUAGUCCAGUAAACUUCUCCAAGUGUAGGGAGGACAAAGGUUGGGGCUUUGGCUCCAGAUAGGACAUACUAAGGCCCUUAAGCAUUUGUUCAUAUCUUCUGCUAUAUUCUUUGGGCAAAAAACCUAAAUUGAAUUAUUUCAUAACUUCUCUCCCACAGCUGCACUGAGUUUUUUUGCAGGAGUGGAAGAGAUCAAUUCACAAUUACACUUGGCCAAGAGAUACUAUUUCAGUAAGUGGAGAGGAUUAGAAUUUGAAUUUGCACAUUUAGCUUAUCUCUGCAUCAUUAAAAACACAGAUUCUGCAACUUAAAGAAGAUCUUCCAAUGCCAUACUUACAUUAAAAAUGGGCUUCGUGGGAAUGCUCUAGUCCAGUGUUUCUCAACCUUGACAGUUUUAAGGCACGUGGACUUCAACUCCCAGAAUUCCACAGCCAGCAUUGCUGGCUGUGGAAUUCUGGGAGUUGAAGUCCACAUGCCUUAAAAUUGUCAAGGUUGAGAAACACUGCUCUAGUCUUGGAAUAACUGAUACAUCAGAGGAGAUGCCAAGUUUCAAACUGAACGAUUCAGGGCCCUGAAUGUAGCCAUGUAGAUUUCCAGACCUCUUACUUAUCUCUAUUCCACGACUAGAUUCCGUUUCAGCUUAGAAAGGGCUGGAGUGCAAUUCUGGCUGUUCAAGGGCAUCAGGCCCACUCUUUCCUCCUGCUGGCUGGGGAAUUCUGGGAAUUGAAGUCCACACAUCUUAAAUUUGCCAAGGUUGAAAAAAAGAGAUUCUGGAUUGAGGCCUUCAGAAUCAAAUAAGAUUAAAUAAUAAAUAUUUCUUUAAACCAACCGACCACCGUUGGAACCGUUUAAUUGGUAAACAAUGAACAAAUUUGCUCUGCAAUUCCAUUUGAUUUUUCAACCUUUUUUUAUAGAAUGGGGGGGAGUCAUUUUAAUGUAAUGUCGUAUAUGUGCUUUUUUUCUAUAUAUAUAAAGAGGCGAGUAGGCACAUAAGCGCGGGAGAGGUUUAGAUGGAUAGGAUUUUUGAUUCGAGAUCUUUUUUUUUCCCAAAAAAAUGGGAAUUUUUUAAUCUCCAUCCUUUGAACUGAAAAGGGGAAUCCUGGGAAUUCUUUGUUCUGCUAUCUGUGAAAAAUUCAAAGCAAAGUUCCAGUGCACACGAGCUUCUCUUAAGUGUUGUUGUUCAGGUGUGCUUUGAACAUAAAAGGUGCAGCUUGCUUUAAAAGUGCACACAUUAUGGUAAGGAAUUACUUACAGGAUCAGAUUUGUCCCUGCAAGAAUUUUGUACAGAACUGUACAACAGAUCUUCCACCUUGCCAGAUCAGUGAUGCAUAUAUUUCCCUCUCGAAGAGAAGACAUGGCAACUGUCAAGAGACUGUAUGUCUGUGAAGAUUCUCAAUCAUCUAGGUCAGGGGUUCUCAACCUUGGCAACUUUAAGACUUGUGGACUUCAACUCCUAGAAUUCCUCAGCCAGCUUUGCUGGCUGAG